AACAGGUCAGGCUACUACCGCCACACCGCAGUCUGCCUUGGUGGAAUAGAGCUGUGGCUGUUUCCUGCGCUAGGCCGAUCAGGGAACCGGGUUAUCUGUCCUGUGUUAUAGGGGGCGACAGAUUCCGAGUUGACGUGUGGUACGUGCUCAUAGAUAUUGCUCGCAUGGAAUACUACGGUGGAUGUUGAUGGUCCUUCUGCACAAAGAUAUGUAAAGACAGAAGUCAAGCGCAACGCCAGUACGGUGAGAUAGUUUCUGUCUUGGCACAGUAUUUCAUUUUCCGCUGAAGGAUCCCGCAUUCCGAAAUCGGGUGAUGUGACGCUGCAAAUGCCCACGGAUUAUAUAUUCAAAUGGUUUUUGAUGUGCUGUUUGCACGAUGCCACCUCACUCCAGAGGUUAAUCGUGAAUUUAAAUGUCAAUCGGGAGGAGAGUGGCUAAAUUCGUCGUCCCUGGACAACAUCUGUUACUUCCGAUUUACUGCAGUUUCUACAUGUCAUCAUUUGGAUCAAGUUCCCCAGAAUGACCCAGUCACGACCCAACGAGUUUAUUCCACCACCGGAGUGCCCUGUCUUUGAGCCCAGUUGGGAGGAAUUUGCCGACCCUUUUGGGUUCAUCAACAAAAUACGUCCAAUUGCAGAAAACACUGGCAUCUGCAAGAUCCGACCGCCCCCGGGUUGGCAGCCACCAUUUGCCUGUGAUGUGGACAGACUGCAUUUCACGCCACGCAUUCAGAGGCUGAAUGAGUUGGAGGCCCAGACCAGAGUGAAGCUCAACUUCCUGGACCAGAUAGCAAAGUUCUGGGAACUCCAGGGUUGUACAUUGAAAAUUCCUCAUGUUGAGCGCAAAACUCUGGACUUAUAUGUGCUUUACAAGCUGGUCAAAGAGGAGGGAGGCUUUGAUGGGGUCUGUAAAGAGCGGAGAUGGACCCAGAUCGCACUGAAGAUGGGCUUUGCUCCCGGCAAAGCAGUUGGCUCUCACCUUCGUGCUCACUAUGAGAGGAUUCUCUACCCAUAUUAUUUGUUCCAGGCAGGAGCUAAUCUUAUGAACUCUCAGAAGCCAACUCUGACUAAUGACACCAAAGACAAGGAGUACAAACCCCACGACCUGCCCCAGCGUCAGUCGGUGCAACCAGCGGAAACCUGCUCUAUCGCCCGCAGAGCUAAAUGGACCAAGGGCCGCUGUUUUAAAUCAGAACUGGGUGGGGUGUGCGAAAAACCCAACCUGAGGAGGAGAAUGGGCUCAUAUGUGGCAAAACCAGAACCAGGCGAAGACCCAACUCUUCUGCAAGACCCCCCUUUCCAUGAAACAUAUUUUAUUGGAAUGUCCCGAUUCAAAUUAAAGAAAAUCCCAAUGCAGGUGAAAGAAGAACCCAUUGAGCAGCAAGUUGAAGGUGAAAAAUCAAAGGUGGAGCAGUACAUAUGCUUGGUAUGUGGGGGUGGAGGUGACGAAGAUAGACUCUUGCUUUGUGAUGGGUGUGACGACAGUUAUCACACCUUCUGUCUGAUCCCACCUCUCCACGACGUCCCCAAAGGUGACUGGAGAUGCCCCAAGUGCCUGGCUCAGGAGUGUGGUAAACCGCCAGUGGCUUUUGGGUUCGAGCAGGCCUCCAGAGACUAUACCCUUCGCACCUUUGGAGAUAUGGCUGACUCUUUCAAGUCUGACUACUUUAACAUGCCUGUUCAUAUGGUUCCCACAGAGCUGGUGGAGAAGGAGUUUUGGAGGCUGGUUAGCACCAUCGAGGAGGAUGUCACUGUAGAGUAUGGGGCUGAUAUUGCUUCAAAAGAUUUCGGAAGCGGCUUCCCUGUUAAGAACGGCACAUUUAAGGUCUCACCAGUGGAGGAGGAUUAUCUGAGCAAUGGCUGGAACCUCAACAACAUGCCAGUUUUGGAUGCAUCUGUGCUGACUCAUGUCACAGCAGACAUCUGUGGGAUGAAGCUCCCAUGGCUUUAUGUGGGCAUGUGCUUCUCCUCCUUCUGCUGGCACAUUGAGGACCACUGGAGCUAUUCCAUCAACUAUCUGCACUGGGGAGAGCCAAAGACGUGGUAUGGCGCUCCUGGCUAUGCUGCUGAGCAGUUGGAGAAUGUGAUGAAGAGCCUGGCCCCUGAGCUCUUUGAGUCUCAGCCAGACCUGCUCCACCAGCUGGUCACUAUCAUGAACCCAAAUGUUCUCAUGGAGCAUGGAGUACCAAUUUACCGUACAAACCAGUGUGCUGGUGAGUUUGUCAUUACCUUCCCGAGGGCCUAUCACAGUGGUUUCAACCAGGGCUUCAACUUUGCUGAGGCAGUCAACUUCUGCACUGCAGACUGGAUGCCUCUUGGUCGGCAGUGUAUCCAGCACUACCGGUCCCUCAACAGAUACUGUGUUUUCUCCCACGAUGAGAUGACCUGUAAUAUUGCCAGCAAGGCAGACUCUCUAGAGUUAGAACUGGCCUCUGCUGUCCAGAAGGACAUGUGUGCCAUGAUGCUGGAAGAGAAGAUGCUCCGUGAGAAAGUCUAUAAGCUGGGUGUGUGGCACUCCCAACAGGUUGACUAUGAUUUACUGCCAGAUGAGGAAAGGCAGUGUGCUAAGUGCCGGACCACCUGUUACCUGUCUGCCAUCACCUGUCCCUGUAGCCCCGACCAGCUGGUCUGUCUCUAUCACAUCGAGGACCUCUGCUCUUGCCCUGCUAGAAGCUAUACGCUCAACUAUAAAUAUACACUUGCUGAACUGAAGCCAUUGUUCCAGGCUUUGACGGCUCGUGCUGAGUCCUAUGAAGACUGGGCAUCUAAAGUUAACAAGAUUUUGAAAGCGGAUCAAGAUAAUAAAAGUGAUUUGGAGGAGCUUCGUUCAUUGGUAGUAGAAGCAGAGAAGAAGUCAUACCCUGAGACUGACUUGCUAAGUCACCUGCGUCAAGUCAUUCAAAAUGCAGAUAGGUGUACCUCAAUGGCCCAACAACUCCUCAACGGCAAGAGACAGACAAGAUAUCGCUCUGGUGGGGGAAAGUCUCAGAACCAGCUCACUGUGGAGGAAUUGAAGUCGUUUGUCAAUCAGCUGUAUGACCUGCCCUGUACCAUCCGACAGGCCCCUUUCUUAAAGGCUCUUUUGAACCGCGUCGAACAGUUCCAGCAACAGAGCUCGGAUCUCCUUGCAGAGGACACGCCCGGUUCUUCUGCUCUUCAGAGCCUCCUAGAUGAAGGUGCAGGCUUGGAUGUGGAGUUGCCUCAGCUGGUGGUGUUGAGGCAGAGGCUGGAGCAAGCCCGCUGGGUGGAGGCCGUUAAGGAAGCCAGCGAUCAGCCAGCCGACCUCAGUCUCGACUGCAUGAGGAGACUCAUAGAUCAAGGAGUGGGCCUGACACCACAUGCCUGUGUGGAAAGAACCAUGGCCCGCCUGCAGGAGCUGCUCACUGUCUGUGAACACUGGGAAGAAAAGGCCCAUAACAUGCUCACUGCUAGGCCUCGUCAUAGUAUUGAGACUCUUGAGGCAGCUCUACAGGAAGUUGACAGCAUCCCAGCAUACCUGCCCAGCUGUCUUCAACUUAAGGACUGCGUAAACGGGGCCAGAGAGUGGAUAAUGGAAGCAGAUGCCCUUCAGGCUGGAGGCCGAAUUCCUGGUCUCGCUGCCCUAUCUGAACUUGUGUCAAGAGCCAGAAGUAUUCCGGUAAUGUUGGAACCACUGUCUCGACUGGAAAGUUUAAUAUCUGAGGUACAGGCCUGGAAGGAGAGUGCAGCUAAAACAUUCCUGUUGAGGAACUCGUCCCAUUCUCUCCUCGAGGUUUUGUGUCCUAGGUGUGAGACUGGACCGCAGAAGUCAAAGUCUAAAAAAGCCAAGGAUGUCUCGGUACCCUGCAAGAAAGUUGAAGUAAAACUAGACUCCCUUUUUGAUGUGGAAAAGGCGCUUUCUACAAGCAAAUAUACAGUUUCAGCAAUGGCCACUCUCAGUGAGGUGCAUCAGAAAGAGCUGGAGAGCCUGUCUAUGUUGAGGACCUCAAAUGAGUCAAAGUUUCAGUCUUCACCCAGCUGUUUGGCCCCAACAGUGUGCUUGUGUCACACUGUCCCAGCAGGCCCUAUGCUACAGUGUGAACUCUGUCGAGACGCCUACCACAGCGGCUGUGUGCCAGGGUUCAAGGACAUCCAGACAGGGCUACCGUGGUUAUGCCCGCUCUGCAAGCGCUCCGAAAAGCCGCCCCUGGAUAAGGUGCUUCCCCUGCUUGCUUCCUUACAGCGGAUUCGGGUUCGGCUUCCAGAGGGCGAUGCCCUGCGAUAUGUGAUUGAGAGAACGGUGCGCUGGCAACACAAAGUGCAGCUGGUUUCUCCUACACAGCAUCCGAAUGGAAAAGCAAGACAUAUUCCUGGAACAGCAUCAUCUCAGACACUGGUAGGGAGCAACAGCUGUUUCUACAUGCUGCAGCCAUGUAUUCCUCUCAAUGAACUCGGUACUGAGUUGGAGGAGCUGUUGGUAGAAGGUCUUCUGAUGCAGGUGACUUUACCCGAGCUCCAGCAGCUUUAUAGAAGCCUGCUCAACAGGUUUUCACCAUCCCAGCACUCCCUGCAGAGCAGCGAACACGAUCACCAGUAUCACAUUGCUCAAGACAGAAGUCCACCUCACAGGAGCCCCCCGCACAGCAAAGGACAGGAUGGUAUUCCAGAGACCAAGAAGGAACCCGAGAGGCUUGAGAAGAACAGCAAACGGCGUCUAGAGAAAGAGAACACGGAAGGGCAGCACCGAGACAAGAUAAAGAAGCCCAAGAAAAAGAAGCCUAAAUUGAACAAAGAAAGGAGAAGAGAGGAGAAACGAACCACCUCCCCCUCCAACUCCCUUUCUGACCUAUCGUAUUCAGAUGACUCGGAGGAGGAUUGGUCUGUGUGUUCGGCAAAGCAAUGUCAACAGCCAGAAGGAAACGAGGUAAACUGGGUUCAGUGCGACGGCAGCUGUAACCAGUGGUUCCACCAGAUUUGUGUGGGAGUGUCUGCUGAGCAGGCUGAGAAUGAGGACUACAUCUGCGUCAGCUGCGCAAUAAACGAUUUGACCGAAUGAGGACCAAAAUCAUGUUUUUCGAAGGAUAGUCAAAAGGCUCCCCGUUUUGCACACAAGUUAAAGCACCAAGAAUGCACCAGAUAUCAUCCCCUUACUGAAUCCUGCCCCCUCUGUUCCCUUGGUGCUACUGCCUUGAUAGGACUGUUAACAAAAAUCUGUAUGAUUCUUCUGCUUUUUGUUUUGUAUUUUUGGAGAUUUCCUUCUAUAACAUUUGAUUUCUUCUCUAGGAACGUGAUGCAUAGAUGUACCUCAGGGGUUUCCAUCCCAUGAAUGCAAAACAAUGGGGAACUUCAGCUUCCCUAAAUGUAUUUUUGUUCAUAUUUAUUGUUUUUGUUUUUUUUUUCUUUCCCCAGUCACCUUUAGAAUUUCUAACAUGAAGUUAUCAAUCUGGGCUAUUUACACCAAAUAAUAUUAAUUGGACUAAACAAAAUGGUCUAAAAUUAUUUUUGGAGCCCGCUGUUUUGGUACACGUGUCUAAUAAUAUAAAAUAUUAUUUAUUUAUCCCAGCAAUAACUGCUGGUUACCCUGAUUUUUCAGUAGCUUGAGAUCUGCUCUGAUCUGUUGCUUGAUGCAUUAGAAGUGUUUGUACAGAAUCCUAAUGUAGGAGGUCAGGCAAAUGAGGUGUAGCAGGCAGAAGAAAAAGCUGUGUCUAAUAUACUUUGUGAUGUAUACUGUGGCUUUCUUUAAAAUUCAAAACAGAUCUUUCCGAUGUUAAUUCAAUUGUGGAAUAAAAUGGUUUGUUCUCACCUAUAAA